GUUCUAUUUGGGAAGUUGGCAGCUCGCGGCCAGCUCUUUUACUCUCGCCCUGGCAGUUCGACUCUGGAAUUAUGAGCAGAGCUGGUCAAUCCUGUACCUUGUUUUGAAUUUUAUUCCCACAGAAUUGAGACCAUGGAGAUGAGCAUCGGCAUCCUCAUUGCGUUCCUUCUCUCACAGGUUGUCCAUAUUGGAACCCAGGAGGAGGGGGAGAAGGGAUGCGUGCCUGGCUUUCAGGUGAAGGAGUACCAGGUGGAGUACAACAGAGGUUUCCAGAAGGACCAUCCUCUCACACAAAUGUUAUUUGAUGACUGUGUGGGGAACGAGGGCAUGGCGUUCGAGGUGUCCCACCCAGACUUCCAAGUUGAUGAGGAGAUGAACCUGGUGGCCAGACGGGACGUGAUGGACAGCGGCACCGUCAUGUUCAUCCAUGGUGUCAAUGAGCAUGCUGAGGACAUGGCACAGGUGGACAUUGUAGGAGCUCUACCGCGGUCUCCCCAAACACUCAGGGAGAUCCUUGGCCUUGGACAGAUCCAGCCCUACAGAUCAAAGAGAGCCCUGUUCGCUCCCCGCAUGCAUGUCAGUGAGAACAUGGAGCCCCCAUUCCCGAAAGUCAUUGGCACGGUGAUGUCGUCAGGCAUGGAGGAUGACCACAUCUUCCAUAUGACUGGGUCGGGAGCAGAUCAGGACCCAAAGGGGGUGUUCACCAUCAACAGGUUGACUGGAGAGGUGUCUGUUAGCCAAGAGCUGGACAGAGAGGCCAUCAAUUCCUACAUGCUGGAGGUGUCUGUGACAGACCAGAAUGGGAAGCUGGUGGAGGGUCCUGUAGCCCUGCUUGUGGACGUCAAUGACCAGAAUGACAACAGGCCCAUCUUCAAAGAGACCCGUUACACUGGGGAGGUGCUGGAGGGCUCACCUACAGGAACCGUGGUGAUGACGAUGACAGCGGAGGAUGCUGAUGACCCCAGGUUGCAGAACGCAGUGCUGCGCUACAACAUUGUGAGGCAGUCGCCCGACAAACCCUCACCCAACAUGUUCUACAUCAACCCAGAGAGCGGCAACAUUGUCACUGUCAUCUCCCCCACGCUUCUGGACAGAGAGACACUCCCCACUACGCAGUAUGAGCUGGAGAUCGUAGCCCAGGACAUGAAGGGAAGAGACGUGGGACUAACAGGAACAUCCACGGCAACCAUCACCAUCACAGACAAGAACGACCACGCCCCAGAGUUUACCCACUCACUGUUCCAGGCCAAUGUGGAUGAGGGCUCCACAGGGGUGGUGGUCAACCUGACUGUGGACGACAGAGAUGACCCUGCGACGGGGGCGUGGCGAGCCAUCUACUCCAUCAUCAAAGGUGACCCCACCCAGAGCUUUGAGAUCCAAACCAACCCUGACAACAAUGAGGGCAUGCUUUCCCUCAUUAAGCCUCUAGACUAUGAGAGCUUAGUGUUCCACACGCUGCUGAUCAAGGUGGAGAACGAGGACCCCCUGGUGCCAGAUGUGGGCUACGGCUCCAGUUCUACAGCCACCGUACACAUUACCAUCCUGGACGUCAACGAAGGACCAGUCUUCUUCCCCGACCCCCUUCAGGUCACCAAGAUGGAGAACGUACCCCUGGGAAGCUUCGUGGCCUUACUCAACGCCACCGACCCAGACGUCCUCCAAUCACAGAGCAUCAGGUUUGCAGUUCUGAGAGACCCGGCUAACUGGCUUAGUGUGAACCCGGUUAGAGGUACGGUCAACACCUCUGCCAUUCUGGACAGAGAAUCACCUUACGUUCAAGACAACAAAUACACUGCCAUCUUCAUGGCUACAGACAACGGUAGCCCACCAGCCACUGGUACUGGCACUCUGGUCAUCCACCUGGAGGACUACAAUGACAAUGCUCCCUAUGUUCACCCAUCUGUGGUACGGGUGUGUGAAGACGCCAGGGACAGUGUGGUGAUAGUGGGGGGACGGGACAGGGACAUCCACCCCAACACUGGGCCCUUUAAGAUCGAGCUGGGGAAGCAGCCAGGGCUGGAGAACACGUGGAAGGUCACCAGGGUCAACAACACACAUGCUCAGAUCAUGCUGCUACAGAAUAUGAAGAGGGCCAACUACCAGCUGCCUCUGGUGGUGACAGACUCGGGCCUGCCUCCGCUCUCCAACAGCACCGAGAUCAAGGUCCAGGUGUGCACCUGUAAGAAAAACAGAAUGGACUGCAGUGGUGCUGGCUCUCUACGCUCCAACCUGAUGUUGCUGCUGGGACUAGUCCUGCUCUCCCUAUUCUGCCUGUAAAUUUAGCUGAAAUCUACUGUAGUCUACAUGCAAAACUGAAGAGAAACAACAUAUCUCCCCUACGUGACCAAGCCUAAGGAAAGAGAAGACCUCUCACCAUAACGACAACAACUAGCAAACAAUUUAAAAAAUACAGUUCAGACUGGACCUCUGUGGUACUGAGCUUCUUGGGUGUCCUAACGAUAUCUCACCCAUCCGUGGCCCCAGGCUCCCCACCAGGUUUUAGUUACCCCCCACCCCCCCUUCAUCUCUACCUCACCCGUCUCUAUGUCCAUUACCGCCCCUAGCUCUGUUCCCCCUCACCUGAACAGUUGUCGUUGCCCCUGGUCUUCUCCCUUGCCCGUCCCUCUCCCACUCCUUGCCCGCCUGUCUUCUCCCUUGCCCGUCCCUCUCCCACUCCUUGCCCGCCUGUCUUCUCCCUUGCCCGUCCCUCUCCCACUCCUUGCCCGCCUGUCUUCUCCCUCCAUCGCUGUGUUGUCAUGGACACCACCGCCUAAAUGGACUCUUUCGCUGGGAAAGGAAAUACUGCAUAGUCUGAGCUACUGGAUACUGGAUGGGGAAAAGCAUUUACUUUUUGAUGUAUUACUUUAUUUUAUCUUGUUUCCUACUAUAAUGAGAGACAAAAGCCAGUUUUUGUCUGCAGUGGUUGUGGUCUCUGUGGGCAAAAUGGUAGCCAUACGCCUUCUCAAGUCAGAAGUUUCUGGAGUCUUUUUUUAUUUAUUUUGUUUCUAUUGCAUUAGUUGUCAUGGAGUGGAAAACAAUAUCUUUAUAGUAAUGGUGUUAAACUUUUAAAAAAGUACACUAUAUAUAUUUUAUUUUUUACCAUUGUACAAAUAUAUUAAUUAACCUCUGUACUUGGACUGAAGGCUCUUCAAUUACCCUUACAGAAAAAAAAAUGAAACCUUUUUGUGGACUUUAGGCACUAUUUCUAAUGCUAUCGAUGUGUUUCCUAUUUUUUAUGUAAAUCAAUUUUUGGGGUUGGAACCAAAAUAAAUGAUUGUUCAAUCGUUUCAUUCGGAACAGAACAAUUUUUUGUUGUUGUCCCAUUCCACUGUUCCGACCAGCAAAAUAAAGUUCUGUACCAGUUCAAACCCCCUAAAAGUAACAAUUUAUAUUGUUCCUUUUCUGAUGACUUUUUUUGCAUUCAGCUCAACAUUAAAUUACUUCACCAAUCAGGGCGUAUAGAGCAGCUUGCUAUGCGUGAGAUGCGACAGAAAUUUUGUGGCUGCUUCUUGGCUCCUGCGGCCUUUGUGACCUUGAGGUCUCUCCGACGGUAACAAUGUGGCUUGAAGCGUUGAGCAUCUUGAUAUGACAUGCAUUAUCUGGAUUAGGCCCACAGAAAUAUACCUGCUAGGGAUCGGCUUCAAUGGAGGAACUUUAGAGAGUGGGCUUAACGUUUGACCAGAGCUAGCUACCAGAAUUAAAAACCAUACCUUUUGUAGUUAAUAAAUCCAAUGUGAAAUGUGAUAAAUAUUGCAUCCUUAACUAGUAUUGAAAAAGUGAAUCGCUUCUUUCUAAUUUAAAAUCCCUCCCUAAUUUCUGAAUCAUGCUUAUAAUGUCAGUAGAGUGAGGGCUUUGCAUAGGCACUUUGUUGCAUUUAUACCGAAAAAAAAUGCCCAGAAUGUAAAGGAACGUUUAACUGGUUCCCAUGCUCUUCAAAUUACGGUUCUGUUCCGGAACAGUAUAGAUCACUUUCGUUCCCUGUUCUGAUUCUGUUCCUUGAAACCUGAACCGGUUCCAACCCCCGAUCUGGAGUUUUCAUUUGCUUUGAAGAUUGGUCAUCUGUCUGCCUUGUGUUACAUGGUCUUGUUUGUACCACUAGAACCCCCCCACCCCACCCCCACCCGAGUCACACAAAGAGGUCAAGGAAAGCUAUUGAAUUGGUGGUUUGUUUUUUGCGCUCGUAAAAAAAAAGUGUGUAUGGUUUGUGUGGAAGACCCCAUGAUUCAUGAUAAAGCAAAGACAAAUAUGAUAUUUUGAAUGAGUUAUGUCUGUCUUUUGCACUAAUUUAAUAAAGCUGUUACUGUAAUUCCCAUCACUAUACAUGUUAUUGUUUGUGUGAGCCCCAUUGAUUGACUUACAGGGCUAGUAAGUGUGUUUGCCAACUGGUUUUGCCAGCAAAAUGGAGACUCAAGGUCACUCUCUAACGGGCCCAGAAACCAUAUCUAAAAAAAAUGUGGGGCCCUCCGCAAUGCGGAGAUAUGGUUUCUGGGCCCGUUAGAG